AUGUCUCGUCGAACCUCAACCACAAAAUACUACUAUGAAGUAGAUGAUGUCGAAGCUGAUCGCAAAAGAUACCCACGCUCACGCCGGACUGGACGUGGAUAUGAAGAUGAUAUUGAGUACGGUCGGCCAAGGAUUUCGCCGCCUAUUGAGGAGAUGGAACGCAUGCGGCUCAGGGAUCGCAUUCCACGAGAAUUUGUACGGGAGCCUUUCGCUCCCCCUCGACGCAGACCUGAACCACCCAUCCCUGUUCCUGUCCCUGAUCCACCUAUCCGCAUGAGAAGAUCCAGUGAAGAAGUAAUGUUCGCAGAAGAUGCUUUUUCACAUCCCCGACCACGACCUGCACCAACUCGUGCUUUCGAUGAAAAAGAGCUCAUUGUGGAGGAAAGAGAGACACGCAGUGGCAGAAGACGACGUCCUCGCGAAUUAGAGGAAGAAAUCAUAAUUGACAGACGAGAGCGACGUGGUAGCUACCAACGACCCCACGCUGAGUUUGACCGGGAAGAAGAGGAGGUGAUUCGUCGCCGGGGACGUGUGCCACCAUUCGAGAUUCGUGUACCCGAAUCACGACGCCGAGAAAGAUCGUUUUCUGAGGUCCGUGAUGAGCUACUUGCUCAGUCUUAUGGCCCAGGCCGAAAGUAUCGUACCCGUGAUGAGGCAAUGGGAAUUGUCGAUCGUUCAGAAAGGCCGUGCUCAAAACAUCCCAAACCCUUACGUUCCACCAGUUUGUCGCGAGAAGAUGAGAUGAUCAUGCAGUGGAAGGACAGACCUACACCCCAAGAAGAGAGCGAGGAUGAGGAGGACAUGUUCUCGCCGGGUCACCGUCGUCAAAGUGGCUCUAAAUAUGACCAAGGACCACCCAGAGCCUGGCCAUCUGAUGAAAAUUUUGAGCCGUACUUCAAUAAGUUUUACCGAGAGCGACAGAAGGAAGAAGAGCAAAAGGAGAUCCUGCGGGAUAAAAGAGAGCGCCGACGACUAAGCAUAGGAAGUGAUGAACUUAAGGUUCGCCGAGACCAACGACGUCGCUCCUCACUCAAAGAGCGAGAUUCAUCCCCUGACCCAGCGCGGGAAUCUCCAGUUGUUGAAGAAAUUGUCAUGCGCUAUCGUCAAACCGAUCAUGGAUAUGACACGGCCCGGCCUCCUCGUGCACCCAGCCCAGAAAAUGCAGCCUCACGUCACAGCAUUGAUGAAACUCAUGUCCGUCGCCGGAGCCAAAGAAGAGGACGUCGACUGGAAGAAAAUAUUGAUUUCAAUCAUCUCGAUGAAGAACAAUCUACUCUUGGCGGUCAAACCGCUGAAUUCAUAAAUUCCUUGGAAACUGAUGGGCGACGCCGAGCACAAAUGCCCCCUUAUCUAAACGGUGAGAGAGAAUUAGAAGGCUUUACCCGUAGUCGGGGAUUGCAAUAUCGUGAUUCUGAGGAGGAUGAGAUAGACAUCCGCGAGACAACCUCCACUCCGCGAUCCUUUGCCGAGGAGUUGAAGCUGGAGAGUACAGACGAGUGGUCUGUAGUUCAAACUCCCUCAAAAGAGGAAGUGGUUGAAAUGACUGGAGCCCUCCAAAUUGUUGAAGUUGCCCCUAAGGAUGCAUCCUCUGACGAGUCCGAAGCAGAAGCAGAAACUGAGGUUGAAACUGAACGUGGCCAUCGAGUGGAACCGGAGCCCGAGCCCCCCUAA